AUGGCCUCUGAUGCCUUAUCCACAACAGGGAUUGGGGAUGGAGUGUGGGGGUGUGGGAGUGCAGUGAACACUCAAGAUGAUGAAGGCUGUGCUUCUGGGCUGCCUACUUGGGGCCCUCCAGUCCAAGCUGCUGUCCCUCUUCAAGCCAACUUUGACAACAGCAAGUUUCAGGGUUUGUGGUACAUCACAGCAGCAGCAUCUGAUGAUGAAGACUUUUUGGCCAUGAAGGAAAUGAUGAAGAUGCCAGUCACUUUGGUGACCCUUCUGGCCAAUGGUGACUUGUCCGUCAAGACAGUUUUCCCAGGGCCUGAUGGUAGGUGCCAGAAAGUAGAUGUUACCUUCACCAAGGGUGCAAUGCCAGGACAAUUCAGCAAUCCAGCCAUGGGCCAGGAGGACAUCAGUGUGCUGAGCUCUGACUACAAACAUUAUGCCAUUCUUCGCAUUAAGAUAAACAAGGGACCUGUUCAAAGAGUAAUGAUGCAGCUGUACUGUAUGUAUAAUCUUGCUACUGGUCCCCUCCUUUUCAGUCCCCUUCCCUUCCCCAUUCCCUAUUUCCAUCCCCAUUCCUAUUCUUUUCCCCAUCCUCAUUUCAGUGCUCAAAUUCAUCCCUUUUCCCCACCUCAUCUCCAUUUAAGUCUAUUCUUCCUCAUUAUACCUAAGGGAUAGUUGAUACAACUGAUUUUCUCCACUAGCUUCUUCUUACUCAUCUGCCUGCAUCUCCCUAGCCACCUGCCUGCUUUUCCCCCAGAAGUCCAUUUGCUCCCCAUCUGUGUCCUAUCUCAUUUAUCUACCUAUGAACUCUUACUCACCCAGCUAUGUUCUCCCACUUACCUACCUGAGCUCCUCCACUGAACCACAUGUGUCCCCCACUGAACCACAUGUGUCCCCCACUAAUCCACCUUUUUCCUUCCAUUUAACUAACGAAUCCCAUUAACCUGCCUGUUUUCCCCUACCUGUGUCCCCCCGUCAUUCCCCUACACACCUCAUUCACCUACUGUGUCUGAGUCUCAACAGUCUCAACAAUAUUCUCUUUAUUUACCUACCUAUAUACUCCCACUCCCCUACCUGUUCCAUUUACCCAGCUACAUGUCCCUUUAUUCACUCACCUGUGUCCCUCUACUCAUUUAUUUUUACUUCUCCAUUCACUCCUUUCUUCUCCAGAGCUCUUUGCUGAAGGUGCACAAAAGAUGCAAAUGUUGGCACCCAAAUUAAACCUGAACCCCAGCCAAGGUGCCAGCUUCCCUAAGUCAGAUGAGUGUAACAAGGCUCUCACUGAGUGACCACUGACAUGACCCCUGCUGGAGUUCAGGCUGAAGCCUUAUCAGUCACCCACCUGCUAGUCCCCCUUCUUCCCACCCUUGCAUUGCCCAAGGCUGAGACUUUUUCUUCCUUUCCUCCCAGAAUCUUCCUCACCACCUAAAUACUAAAUAAACAAAUGCUGUGAAAUUUCUAGAGUACUUGAAUUUAUUAAGGGGUAGGGCUGGAGGGGAGAUAUGUGAAUAGGAUUUGAAAAAGGGAGAGAGGAUGAGUCUAAUAAACGAAUGACUCUAUGGAAUCACCUUACCCCCUUACCCCCACAAACAUGAACUUACUUUUCAAAUUCUCUGACUGAGGUGGGACAGAAUAGAAGGGAAACCCACCCUGAACCUAUAUUCUGAUGCUCUGUCUUCAUCUGUCGAAAGGGGACAAGACUUUUCCUUGGGAGACAACUGGGUUUUGCCCUAUGGGAACAGGGCAAAGAGAUGGGAUUCUGUUAUAUGGCUGUAAUAAUGACCCCCAUCCUGCAGAUCCCUGCUCUGUCUCUCCCUCCAAGCAGUUCUUCCUCCCAGUCCUAGACUCUCUUAAUUGUAGUGACUUCGAAGAACCUUGAGAACAUUCUACACAGUAAUAGCAACAUUGUGAGAUGAUCACCUGUGAUAGACUUAG